CCCACACACUCGACCUCAGCUCUCAAAUCUCUCUGAAGUCUGAAUGCCACCAUAACCAGCCACACUGAAGUCUAACUCAUACAAUUCCACUUCAAAAUCACAGCUCAAGCAUAAACGGGACACUUGGCGUCACAGCACUUCCUGUCAUCAUGGGUAUCUUCGCAAAGCGCACCAAGGCAAAAACAAGACGGCGGGUGCGCGACCUCGACCAGAUCCAAGCCGAUCUCUUGUCCCCGAGGCACCUAAAGCAGUACAAGGAGACGAAAGCGGCUGAGGACCUGCCUGGCCUUGGGCGCCACUACUGUAUCGAAUGUGCUAAGUGGUUCGAGACAGAGACAAGUCUCGUGCUACACAGAAAGGGCAAGCCUCACAAGAGAAGACUCAAGCAGCUGCGCGAGGGGCCCUACACACACGAGGAGGCUGCCGCUGCCAUCGGCUUCAGGACCGACAAUGGGCCUGAGAAGCCGAAGACCAAUGACGUUGAGAUGGCAUGAGCGGUUUGAAU